UGUAGUUGACGACUCAUCAGGAGUUGAGCAACACAACUAUCCUCAGCAAUCUGGCGAGUCUCAUCCCGAUGCCGGAUUGCAAUCAAAGUCCGAGGAACAUGUAUCAGUGUCAGAUGGGGAAGCAAACGAUGGGUACACCGUGUCAUAAUUGGCAGCUGCAAUCGCAAACCAAGCUAUACAGGCUACAGACGCCCGCGGCACCGUUUUUCAGGCCGGUGCACUACGAUAACAUCAAUAUGGACGAAUUCGCGAUGGGUACCAACGCGAUAGUCGCUGUUAUCUCGUACACGGUGAGCGAGGCUUACUUUAUUUUCAGAAUUCUAUUCAUAUACUCGUGGUUCCAUGGUGGCGAAUAAGGGAUGUAUUUGCACACUCCAUCUCUUUUGAGGCAUGAAUUUAGGCAGAAAGAGAAACGAUACCAAAAUUCUUGAGCAAUAAAUUCUUUCUAUUAAAUUUUAUAAAUUUAGCGGUAAAAGGAAUACG